GUUUAAGCUUACCAGAAGGAGUUGAUCCAUCAUUUCUUGCUGCCUUGCCUGAUAAUAUACGCCAGGAAGUCUUGCGUGAGCAUCUCGGUUUACGUUCCAGCCAAGCUGCCAAUACCGGUGCGACAGCUUCCAGUAGUAGCACCCCAACAUCUAGUACCCGUGUCAACCCUGAGUUCUUGGCUGCAUUGCCACCUCACAUUCAGGAAGAAGUGUUAGCACAAGAGCAAGCAGAAAGAGAUCGUCAAAAUGCGCAGCAACUUGGAUCACAAGCAGCUGCAGACCCAGUGGAUCCAGCUGCUUUUAUUCGCAAUCUACCAUCUUCCUUGCGCCAGACCAUCCUAGCUGACAUCGAUGAUUCUGUAUUGGCAGUAAUGCCACCAGAAAUUGCUGCUGAAGCUCGUUCUCUGAGACACAAUAUUGAAGUGCAACAUAGAAGGCUAAUGCAAGAACGAUUAUUACGGGAGACCGGUAUGCUGUCAGCUAUUGUUCGAAACUCAG